GGUCACAUGACCGGAACAAAACAAACACGUGUUUCCGGUUCCUUCCUGCACGUUGUUCUUCUCAACACCAACAAACCUCCACUGUUCUGUUAGAAACAGAGAUAAAACACCAACAUGCCGAAAGCCAAGAAGUCCGGGAAGUCCAAGAAGUUCGACUACAAUCUGGACCGGAAGAAGCUGAAGAAAAAGUUCAUCAAGAAAUACAACCCGAGAAUAGAGAAUUCACAGAUUCGAAAUGCGUGGGACGACAGGAAGUCCUUGACCACGAACCUGCAGGAGAUGGGUCUGGCUUCUGAUCCAAACCGCACGCUGCCGAUACAGAGAAAGAGCCUCCUCGGCAAAGACAAAGUGACUAAAGCUCCCGUCGGCAUUGUGACCAAGCCCUACGUUCUCAACCUGCUGGAGGAGGAAGCCAACCGUCCAGAAAAAGACUCCAAGACGUUAUCCUCCGACCUGAUCGAGUACGCUCAGUACAUGAUCCGAGAACACAGCGAGGACUUCAAGGCGAUGGCCAGAGACGAGAAGAACUAUUACCAGGACACGCCCAAACAGAUCAAGAGGAAAAUAAACGAGUACCAGCGGUGCCACAAGGAGCACUACGACGCCUUCAUGAGCUCACUGGCUCCUCCACAGCCGGCGGUCCAGUAGACUGUUCACCCUGUUCUGGACUUUAUAUCAUUCUCUGAAUCAGGAUCUCAUUCUGGAGAGACUCUGUGCACGCCACCAACAGUGACAGGAAGUGGAGACGUCCAGGAGCACCGAGGGACGAGCACCACUUCUGUGUCUCGUUAAGGACCUUUCUGUUGCUUUCCUCGCCGUCAAGAUUUCCUGUUUUCCAUUUGCAGCUGUGUGUUCUGUGAUCUGAAUGUCAAACUGUGAUUGACUGAGAUGUAUUUUUUUAAUGUAUCAUUUAAAAACCUUCGAGCUCA